AUGAAAUUCUUCCUUGGCGUUGUGGCGCUCAUGCUGGGCGCUAUUGCUCCCAGUGUCGUCGCCGCUCCGCCUGCCACGCCUGUCCAGAGAGACCUCCUCGUCCCCCUUGAGGAAAGACAGGACGACACGGCCAGGCGCCAGACCGGCUGCCACACGCCGAGCAACCGGGCGUGCUGGGCUCCAGGCUUCAAUAUCAAUACUGAUUACGAAGUCAACUCGCCGAACACUGGCGUCGUUCGGCCUUACACUCUGACUCUUACGGAAAUUGACAACUGGACCGGCCCAGACGGCGUUGUCAAGAACAAAGUCAUGCUCGUCAACGGCCCGACCAUCUUCGCCAACUGGGGUGACACGAUCCAGGUCACUGUCAUCAACAACCUCAUUACCAACGGCACCUCCAUUCACUGGCACGGCAUGCACCAAAAGAACACCAACCUUCACGACGGCGCCAAUGGUGUGACAGAGUGCCCCAUCCCACCCAAGGGCGGCAGGAAAGUGUACCGGUUCCGGGCCCAGCAGUACGGCACAAGCUGGUACCACUCUCAUUUCUCGGCGCAGUAUGGCAACGGCGUCGUCGGCACCAUCCAGAUCAACGGCCCGGCCUCACUUCCCUACGACAUCGACCUGGGAGUGUUCCCCCUGAUGGACUACUACUACAAGAGCGCCGACGAGCUCGUCCACUUCACCAUGAACAACGGCCCACCGUUCAGCGACAACGUCCUCUUCAACGGCACCGCCAAGCACCCGACCACGGGCGCCGGGCAGUACGCCAACGUGACCCUCACCCCAGGCAAGCGCCACCGGUUGCGCAUCAUCAACACGUCGACAGAGAACCACUUCCAAGUCUCGCUCGUCAAUCACACCAUGACUGUCAUCGCCGCCGACAUGGUGCCCGUCAACGCCAUGACGGUCGACAGCCUCUUCCUGGGCGUGGGCCAGCGCUACGACGUGACCAUCGACGCGAGCCGCACCCCGGGCAACUACUGGUUCAACGUUACCUUUGGCGGUCAAGCCUUUUGCGGCGGCUCGCUCAACCCGCACCCGGCUGCCAUCUUCCACUACGCCGGCGCCCCCGGGGGCCUGCCCACCGACCGCGGCACCCCCCCUGUAGACCAUCAGUGCCUUGACCUGCCCAACCUGACCCCCGUCGUCACCCGGAAUGUGCCCGUCAACGGGUUUGUCAAGAAGCCUAGCAAUACCCUCCCGGUGAACCUUGACUUGACCGGCACGCCCCUGUUUGUGUGGAAAGUCAAUGGCAGUGCGAUUAAUGUCAACUGGAACAAGCCCGUGUUGGAGUAUGUCAUGACGGGAAAUACGAGCUAUCCUGCCAGUGAUAAUAUUGUCCAGGUUGACGGUGUAGAUCAGUGGACGUACUGGCUUGUCGAGAAUGAUCCCGACGGCGCCUUCAGUCUGCCGCAUCCCAUGCACUUGCACGGUCACGAUUUCCUCGUCUUAGGCCGCUCCCCCGACGUGCCCCCCGGCUCCCAGCAACGCUUCGUCUUCGACCCAACCGUCGACCUGCCCCGCCUGCGGGGGGCCAACCCGGUACGGCGCGACGUGGCCAUGCUUCCCGCCAGGGGCUGGCUGCUGCUGGCCUUCAAAACGGACAACCCGGGCGCCUGGCUGUUCCACUGCCACAUCGCCUGGCACGUGUCGGGCGGGCUGAGCGUGGACUUCCUGGAGCGGCCAAACGACCUGCGCCAGCGGAUCUCGCCGGCGGACCGGAAUGACUUUAAUAGGGUUUGUAACGAGUGGCGCGCGUACUGGCCGACGAAUCCGUAUCCCAAGAUUGAUUCUGGGCUGAGGCAUCGGUUUGUCGAGGAGAGUGAGUGGAUGGUGAGGGCUUGA